AUGGAGUCUGCAAAUCUUCAUCCUCAUAACCAUAAGGUUCAAGAGCAGUAUGUCAAAUAUUCUUCUCCGGUACCUUCAACAAGCCAUCGAGUUUCAGCCAUAGAUGAAUGGAACCCGAACGUCUUUCCGCUAAAUAUAUUCUGUUUGUUGUUAUGUCUUUCAUGCAAGAAUAUUGGUAGUAAAUACGAUAGGGAUCUGAAUGAAACCAUCUCAGCAAAAGAUUCAUGGCAAGCGCCACCACUGACAAGGACUUCCAUGAACCAAGAUAGCUUCAACCAACAAUCUGCAAGUGAAUUUCUCCUUGCAAAUAUCAAAGAUGAUAUGUCAGAUUCCUUCCCCAAAUUGAGUGAGAUGAUGUACUGGUACUCUAUAGAGCACUCAUAUCUACCCUCUAAAAAGCACUACUGUCCACAGUAUCCUAGUGAUUAUGAUCUUGGAGGGAAUCUAUUGCACAGCAAUCUCUUCAUUGCUAACAACAUGACCGAGCUGCAACUUUCCUCAGGAGAGUUGUACAAUAAUGUUCAUCAUUCCCCACGUACGGGAACUACAUCAGCAACUAGCAGAUAUGAUUUCAAUCAUGUCUUUCCAAGUACAAGCAUUUCCACCUCGGAUUUUUGUUCCACAUUGUUGUCAAGCUCUUCGGACUUGAACUUGAAAUCCUUGGAUCUUUUGACCUCAACGUAUGAUGGUGGAAGUUAUAAUCAAUCUUUACUUGAUAUGAUUCCCGGGAAAUUAAGCAGAAGUGUGUUUAUAAGCCAUGAAUCCAAUGAUCAAAGAAGAGAACACAGUGAUAGUAUGUCCACCAGUUCCAAAGUAUCAGCCUUUGUUAGUGGAUCUCAUACAAACACAAAGAGGCCUGGAAGCUUUUCUGAUACAAAAGAAUCGACCCAUACAGAUGCUAAAAAGCAUAGGUCCUCAUGUCCCACAUUGAAGCUUCAGGUUAGGAAAGAGGAACUAGGAGACAGGAUCGCAGCUCUUCAGAAGUUAGUGGCACCUUUUGGCAAGACAGAUACAUCUACUGUGUUAACAGAAGCCAUAGGGUACAUCCAAUUCCUCCAGGAUCAAGUUCAGACACUGAGCGUGCCAUUUAUGAAGUCAUCACAAAGCAAGCUUUAUAGGACAAAGCAAGGGGAUCCAAGAGAGGAAGGAGGAAAAGAAGGGCAGAAGUUUGACCUCAGAAGUAGAGGACUAUGCCUUGUGCCCCGCUCUUUAGCAUCAUAUUUUAUUAAUAGUUGCAGUAGUGGGAUUUAGACAUCUCCCCAUUGAGAACUUGAGAUUGUACUUGUACAUAAGUAACAGUAAUUUCAGCCUUUGGGAUUAUGAAGCUUUAUAUAAACUACAGUUUAUGAAUUCGGUUCAAGGUCUGGUUAUAGACACCACGAGCUUUGGCUGGCCCAUUUAUUACUUGCCAACCUCCAUUUAUAAAAUCUUUAUUAGGUACUAAUCAACUUGGCAUUAAACUUCCCCAUUAC